AUGGCUCUCAAACUUGAUGAUGGCGACUGGUGUAUCAAUGCUGAUACUCUCAAGGAGGCCACCAUCAACUAUUUCAAGGAUAUUUUCUCCCUUGAUGCCGCACCUAUUGACUCAUUUACUGCCCCUAAUCGUUUCCCUCAUAUUUUGGGAUUUGUACUUGCUACUCUAGAUGAUAUCCAUUUCGAUGAGAAAAUCCACAAUCUACCCACUUGGAUUAAUCUGGGUAAUAAUGCAUUGUAUCUCCUCUUCCUCCAUGGUGGUUCAAUGACAUGGAUAUUUAGUCGCUGCAUUGACCACACUGUGAAGCUUGGAGCAUAUACUCCUUUACGUGUGUCUCGUCAGGGCACAAGCAUCUCCCAUCUCUUCUUCACGGAUGGCCUCAUUCUUUAUGGACAAGCAUCCCAACAAACGAAAAACAUAUUUUUUCUCACCAAAAACCUCAAGAAAACGACAACAGCAACCCUUCAUUUCACUCCAUCUCUAUCUCCUCCAUUAAUUCUCAUCAAACCAAAACACCCCACCAAAAUUCUGAAGCUCAACCCCAGAAACCACCGUGGGUCACUUCGAAAAUCCUCGGCACUGAUAGCAAGCUCCUACAAAGUGGUAUUGGAGCACGAAGGCAAGUCUACGGAGCUAGAGGUUGAAGACGAUGAGAGUAUUCUAUCAAAGGCGUUGGAGGGCUUGGACGUGCCGCAUGACUGUAAUCUGGGGGUUUGCGUGACUUGUCCGGCUAAGCUGGUGAGCGGCACCGUUGAUCAGAGCGAAGGUAUGCUUAGUGAUGAUGUUGUGGACAGUGGGUUUGCUUUGCUUUGUGUAUCGUAUCCUACUUCGGAUUGCCGUAUUAAGACUAUCGAUGAGGAACAACUGCUUGCUUUGCAGUUGAAAACAGCUAAUGAUUGAAACUCUUGUUCUUUUCUUUUCUGUUGUUGUGUGUUGGAUGAU